AUGUCUCGUACCACCAUUCUUGCCGCCCUCACCUUCGGCCUCAGCGCCGUUACCUUAGCCGCCGACCCCUACCCAAACUAUGAGUACGGCAACAUGUUCUACCUAGGCCCAACCACAAACGGCCAAUACAUCACCAAAGCCACCUACUCGCUCAGCGUCCCAGCCCCUCCAACCGACUACCUAACCACCAAGGAGGAUCAACGCUGGCUUGCCCUCUGGAUCGGCCUGCAAAACAACCCCAACGCUGGCGACGUCCUAAACAUGGACUUUGUCCAACCCCUUGUAAACUGGGGCCCCAACAACGAAGUCUGGGGCUGCCCAGCAGAUAACAAGCACUGGUGCGCCACCGCUAGCACGUACACGCCGACGGGGCAAAUCGGGGAGGACUACGUCCCAAUCCCAUCUAACACAUCGCUCGACUUCGUCGUCGAGAUUAACUCCAGCACGGGCAUGAUCGACCAGAGCAUCAGCAUGGGCGGGAGCGUCAUCUCCAAAGCGAGCAACGCAAAGGGCAUGAAGCCCGCGGUUUUCUACUCCGGUACUGAAUGUUAUGCUGAUGGCUGCGGUACGCUGGAUGCACACAGCUGGGACAACAUCACGCUUGUUCUUAAUGAGGCGGAUGCUGGGCUCGAUAAGACGUUGGCGCUGACGGGCGCUACUUCUUCGGGUAUGAAGAGUGUGGAUGGGGGGAAGACUUGGACUGUUGAGAAGAUUGUUAUUGAGAAGCAGAAUCUGACCGAGUAG